UCUCGCGAGAAGUACGGAUGCCGCUCUCCCGCGCCUAGUUCGGGUUUCUGGUUGCUGUUUUUCUUUCGUUCUGGCGACUCCCGCCCUUUUUUUUUUCCUGAGAGUUUGGAAUCGGUUGGCUUUUCUGACAUACCUGAACACAACCUCAGGGUACUUGGAAGGAACCUGGUGCCAGAGGAACUCUACCGUAAAAAUGAGCCCCGCAGAUCCACUUGAUGAUGAAGACACAUUUAAAAUCCUGGUUGCCACUGAUAUUCAUCUUGGAUUUAUGGAGAAAGAUGCAGUUAGAGGAAAUGAUACAUUUGUGACAUUUGAUGAAAUUUUAAGACUUGCCCUGGAAAAUGAAGUGGAUUUUAUUUUGUUAGGUGGUGAUCUUUUCCAUGAAAACAAGCCCUCGAGGAAAACCCUGCACAGCUGCUUGGAGCUGCUUAGGAAGUACUGUAUGGGUGACCGCCCUGUGCAGUUUGAGGUCAUCAGUGACCAGUCAGUCAACUUUGGUUUUAGUAAGUUUCCAUGGGUGAACUACCAAGAUGGCAAUCUCAACAUUUCCAUUCCAGUGUUUAGUAUCCAUGGCAACCAUGACGAUCCCACAGGGGCAGAUGCCCUCUGUGCCCUGGAUGUUUUAAGCUGUGCUGGGUUUGUGAAUCACUUUGGACGGUCAAUGUCUGUGGAGAAGAUUGACAUUAGUCCAGUUCUGCUGCAGAAAGGAAGCACAAAACUCGCUCUGUAUGGCUUAGGGUCCAUUCCAGAUGAAAGGCUCUAUCGGAUGUUUGUCAAUAAAAAAGUAACAAUGUUGAGACCAAAGGAAGAUGAGAAUUCAUGGUUCAACUUAUUUGUGAUUCAUCAGAACAGGAGUAAACAUGGAAGUACCAACUUCAUCCCAGAGCAGUUUUUGGAUGACUUCAUCGACCUUGUUAUCUGGGGCCAUGAACAUGAGUGUAAAAUUGGCCCAACCAAAAACGAGCAGCAGCUCUUCUAUGUGUCUCAGCCUGGAAGCUCGGUGGUGACGUCCCUUUCUCCUGGAGAAGCUGUGAAGAAACACGUAGGCUUGCUGCGCAUUAAAGGGAGGAAGAUGAACAUGCAGAAGCUGCCUCUCCGCACAGUGCGACAGUUCUUUAUGGAAGACGUGGUUCUGGCUAACCACCCAAACCUGUUCAACCCUGACAAUCCAAAGGUGACCCAGGCCAUCCAGAGCUUCUGUUUGGAAAAGAUUGAAGAAAUGCUUGACAAUGCUGAGCGGGAACGGCUCGGGAAUCCUCAGCAGCCAGAGAAGCCUCUUAUCCGACUACGGGUAGACUACAGUGGAGGCUUUGAACCUUUCAAUGUUCUUCGUUUUAGCCAGAAGUUUGUGCUUCGGGUCGCUAACCCAAAAGAUGUCAUCCACUUUUUCAGGCACAGGGAACAAAAGGGAAAAACAGGAGAAGAGAUCAACUUCGGGACGCUCCUCACAAAGCCUGCUUCAGAAGGAACAACGCUCAGAGUGGAAGACCUCGUAAAGCAAUAUUUCCAAACUGCAGAGAAGAAAGUCCAGCUCUCACUGCUGACAGAAAGAGGGAUGGGUGAAGCAGUUCAAGAGUUCGUGGACAAGGAAGAGAAAGAUGCCAUCGAGGAGUUAGUGAAGUACCAGCUGGAGAAAACACAGCGGUUUCUUAAGGAGCGCCAUAUCGAUGCUCUGGAAGACAAGAUUGAUGAGGAGGUCCGACGUUUCAGAGAAAGCAGACAGAGAAAUACCAACGAAGAAGAUGAUGAAGUUCGAGAGGCCAUGAGCAGAGCCCGGGCCCUCAGAUCACAGUCAGAGAACUCCACCUCAGCCUUUAGUGCUGAUGACCUGAGUUUUGAUACAACGGAGCAGACAGCAAAUGACUCUGAUGACAGCUUGUCAGCAAUGCCUAGCCGAGGCCGAGGCCGAGGCCGAGGGCGAAGAGGAGGCAGAGGGCAGAGCACUGCACCCAGAGGAGGCUCUCAGAGAGGCCGAGACACUGGACUGGAAAUCACUACUCGAGGCAGGAGCUCAAAGGCCACCUCAUCAACAUCUAGAAACAUGUCCAUUCUAGAUGCUUUCAGACCUACCCGACAGCAGCCUUCCAGAAAUAUAGCCACUAAGAAUUACUCAGAGACCAUUGAGGUGGAUGAAUCUGAUGAAGAUGACGUUUUUCCUACUAGUUCCAGGGCUGAUCAAAGGUGGUCGGGCACAACAUCUAGCAAACAGAUGUCCCAGAGCCAGACAGCCAAAGGGGUGGACUUUGAAUCAGAUGAGGACGAUGAUGACGACCCUUUCAUGAGCAGUAGCUGCCCAAGAAGAAACCGAAGAUAAUGUUUUUAAUGGAACCUAGAAAUUGUCGUGAUGCAGGAAGAAAUCAGUGCACCACAUGCUGACUUUACAGCUGAAGGUGUUUAUCAGCGCCACUGACUACGGAUCCUGAAAAGUCGGGGUUUAUAUCUUAAAGCAUUGCUUCCUGAACAAUGACUCGCUUAAGCCAUUUUCUAGCCCAGUGAUAGGAGAGCGCUGCUUCUCCUUAGCCUUUAACCUGGUUGUUGUUACCAUUGUCUGGGACUGCCCUGCCAUAUUGAGAAUGUUAACUUCCUGACAUAACUGUGUUUGCUGCUCGUAAGAACUUUGCUAAAAUUCCAUUCUUGAAUGAAGAUUAGAGAAAACCCCUCCAUUAUUAAUUUCUGCUUCACAAUCAGAUACUGUCUGCCUCCUGUGCCACAGCUAGCAGAGUUGAUGGGAAAGCUUGCAGACUUGCCUGGUACGUACGUGCUGUCAUCGUUCCUGUAGUGUGUGGGGCAGCCUGAGCUCCCUGGCUGUUCCCGAGUGUGUGGAUUUCAGAGCUUGCUAGAGGACCAUCUACUAGGACCAGAAGGACCUUAUAUUUCAAUAAUUAGUAUAAGGUUUUUGUUAAGAACGUUUUGGUUAUUUUGGUUUUGGUUUUUAUUCGUGGUAUGGCAGAGAUUCAGAUCCCGUUCCUGUUGACAUUUUCUUGAUCACUCUGUCAUUAAUGACAAGCUCUUUUUCCCUCUCAGAAACUUGUCAGGGAGAAAAGAUUAAUAGGGUUUUUCUGUUUUCUUAAAAAUAUUGAAAAGCUUUUUUUAGGCAAAGCAGCCAGCUGACCUUGUGGUUAGUUCAGGCUGACAGACAGACUGCAACACAGCUUCUGUCCAGUGUCCGUGCCAGGCCUCCUUGGCCAGCAACGCUGUACCAUGGCUCUGGUUGCUACAGACAUAUCUGAAUAGAUGAUCCCAAAACUGACUGAAACAGCAAGUUUAUAUUUUCUUACUUGUUUUAGGGAGGAAAUAAAAAUGUUAUCCCUUCAGAGCUGAGUUGAAUAAACUCAUUCCCUCUUCCAGACUC